AUGUUCUUCGUCAUUCGAGUCCCUUGCUCAUCCGCCAACAUCGGCCCCGGCUUCGAUGUCAUCGGCCUGGCCCUCUCCCUCCACCUCGAGCUGCACGUCUCCGUCGAUACGAGCAAGUCGACCUCCGAACUGCCCUUGAACUGCGCGAUCACCUACGACGACCAGAGCAACAGCGUCGAGAAGAUCCCCCUCGACCCCGAAGUUAAUCUGAUCACCCGUGUCGCCCUCUAUGUCCUGCGAUGCCACAACCAGCGCGCCUUCCCCGUUGAGACCAAGGUCCACAUUGUCAACCCCAUUCCGCUGAGUCGCGGCUUGGGAUCGUCGGGCACUGCGGUCGUCGCCGGUGUCAUGCUGGGCAAUGAAGUUGGCAAGCUAGGCUUGACCAAGGAGCGUCUGCUGGACUACUGCUUGAUGAUUGAACGGCACCCGGAUAACGUGGCCGCCUCGCUAUUCGGCGGAUUUGUGGGUACCUAUCUCAACGAGCUGAAGCCCGAGGAUGUUGCCCGGAAAGAGAUCCCUCUCAGUGAGGUCUUGCCCGCUCCCGCGGGUGGCGUCGAUACCGGCAUGAAGCCGCCAGAGCCCCCUCUGGGAAUUGGUCAUUAUAGAAAGUUUGAUUGGGCCCCUGAGAUCAAGGCCAUUGCCAUCAUCCCGGACUUUGUUGUGCCCACCGCCGACGCCCGCAACGUCCUGCCUCAAACGUACACCCGAGCCGAUGUGGUCUUCAACCUCCAACGCGCGGCCCUGCUCCCCGCGGCAUUGGGGACUUCUCCGCCGGACCCUGAAAUGAUCUUCUUGGCCAUGCAGGAUAAAGUCCACCAACCAUACCGUAAAGGUCUCAUUCCCGGUCUGCCGGAUAUCCUUCAGUCCAUGACUCCGGCCACCCAGCCCGGUCUUCUGGGCAUCUGUCUGUCUGGCGCCGGACCAACCAUUCUGGCUCUGGCAACGGACCGCUUCACCGAGAUCGCAGACCGCAUCAUCGCACGGUUCGCCGCUGAUAAUAUCAGCUGCCAAUGGAAGUUACUGGAGCCCGCGCAGGCGGGUACGACAGUCAGCCCUAACUAA